GAUUUUUGCUCCCUUUUUUUCAGAUGCUGAUUCAAAUCAAAAACAGCUGUUAAAGUGAGUACAGAUAUUCUGACAAAAUGAGGAGCAGGAGCGACUCCGGCAUCCGCCUGGACUACUACCAGCGACUUGUCAACAGAAGCAUAUUAAGAUACCAAUCUCCUGCUACCGGUCUUAUCUCAGGCAAUGAAAAAAAUCACUCAUGGGUUCGUGACAACAUUUACUGCAUCAUGGCAGUGUGGGGCCUUGCCUUGGCAUACAGGAAAACAGUGGACCUGGAUGAAGACAGGGCCAAGGCAUAUGAGCUUGAGAAAGCUGUGGUCCAGGCAAUGCGAGGACUGCUACGUUCCAUGCAGAUGCAGAGUGAGAAAGUUGAGCAGUUCAAGCGCACUCAGAGCCCGCGGGACGCCCUUCACGCCAAAUACAGCAGCACCACCGGCAAAACCGUCGUGGGUGACUACGAGUGGGGACACCUACAGAUCGACGCCACCUCAUUGUACAUUCUAGCCUUGGCUCAGAUGACUGCUUCAGGUGUGGUGAUUGUUUUCACUCUUGAUGAGGUUGCUUUUGUCCAGAACCUUGUGUUCUACAUCGAAGCGGCUUACAGAACUCCAGAUUAUGGCAUUUGGGAGCGGGGUGACAAAACAAACCAUGGACUCCCAGAAUUGAAUGCUAGUUCCAUUGGAAUGGCAAAGGCUGCCCUUGAAGCCAUCAAUGAGCUAGAUCUGUUUGGGUCUCGUGGGGGACCAGCAUCCGUCAUUCAUGUUCUGCCAGAUGAAGCUCAGCAAUGUCAGGCUAUUCUUCAAUCAAUGCUGCCAAGAGAGUCCAUUUCAAAAGAAACAGAUGCGGCCCUGCUCACUGUGAUCAGCUUCCCAGCAUUUGCUGUAGACGACCCAGAGCUGAUAGCUCUCACACACACGACCAUCAAGGAUAAGCUAGAGGGCCCCUAUGGCUUUGCCAGGUUUUUGAGGGAUGGCUAUAAGACUGCCAAGGAGGAUCCACGCAGGCUGCAUUAUGAACCCUGGGAGCUGAUGGUGUUCGAAAAUAUCGAGUGCCAGUGGCCACUCUUUUUUGCUUACCUCAUUCUCGAUGGACUCUUUACUAACAACAAAGAGCAGGUUGAUACAUACAGGAAGAAACUAGACGAAGUUAUGUUAAAGAAUGAUGAAGGAAUCCCUAUACUCCCUGAACUUUACGCUGUUCCGAAGGAGCUGGUUGACAAAGAAUAUGCAAAACCCAACAGCCAGAAACGAGUUGCAAUGGGGAAGAUUCCUCACAUGUGGGGACAGUCUAUGUACAUCUUGGGCAGACUCAUGAUUGAGGGCUUCCUUUCACCAGGGGAGCUGGACCCACUAAACAGAAGACAUGUGACAGAAACAAAACCUGAUGUUGUAGUUCAAGUGGUUCUGCUAGCAGAAGACAGCUUAAUACAAGACAAGAUGGCGCUUCAUGGCAUUGAACUACAAACCGUGGCAGAAGUAGCUCCGAUCCAGAUCCACCCAGCACGUGUUCUUUCCAAGAUCUAUUCUCUGUUAGGGAAGAACAAAAGGAUGGGCCUUUCUGGUAGAGCCCCAUCUAGUGAAAUCGGCCUGCUGGCUACCAGCAAGCUCUACAUGCUUCAUGACAAGAUCUUAGCCUUCGUGCCACAGUUCAUGGACCUGACCCGCUUCUACGUGGUGCUGGACACCAACUUCCUGGUGGACUUCUUGCGUACCGAGGUGGCCUACCUGAAGCGUAGCUGGAAAGCCCUGGGCCGACCCAUUGUCACAAUUACUAUCUCACACCAACUGCUGGACAACUACCAGCACCCUCCCAAUGCAUUGUUGGCCACCAUCAAGAAACUGCAGAGUGGCUACAUCAGUGGCACAAGAGUUCACCUGGGCAAGUUGUCAGACUUCCUCCACACGUCCUGCAUGACCAAACUCAGCUUUCUGCGAGAUAUUGACGACCAGUCGGGAAAACAGGAGAGGAUGGUAAUUGACCAGCUUAUGGCCGGUUCAUCUGGACCGCGUCAGCGUUUGCUCAGCGACUCUCGCAGCAAAACCAAAAAACGUCCAUCAUUUCGCAGUGCAUCCCUCAGUGUUCAGGGAAUCAUUCGCCGAUCUCGUUCAAUCCAGAUUGAUCCGGAUGAGAUUCCUGAGUUGCACUCUCUGAUUGGUUUGGGUGACACGGAUCGCACUAGAACGUCGUCAGACGGGGAGAGAAGAGACCCAGAGCUGGAAGGUUCUAGUGGCCUGAGCAGACAGAACUCAUCAGGCAAUACCUGUGGCUCUCCGCUGAGCCCUUCCUCGAAUCACAACUUCAGCUUUGAUGCUGCUCAACGCAUCUCCCACCAUCUGAAGGAUGAGACAGACAUGAGCGCCAGCCCCUCAGACAGCCCGCACACGUCGCCCAAAACGUCUCGAAAACACCUCAAAUCUGUGUCGGAGGUGGAGGACACAGACACCACUGAGCUGGUGGACCAGCUGAAGCAGACGUCGAACCUACAGGAGCAGGCAGACAUCAUACACUACUUGUUUGUUACCAAAGGCCCCGACUGGGACACCCACAUGGAAGAGAACAAGAAGGUGCCUGUGAAGGAACUACUUAUAGAACUCUAUGAGAAGGCUGGCCACUGGAAGCAGUGGUGGCUAGUGCGCCACACAGCGGGAAUGCUGAGGAAAAGAGUGGAAGACUUGGCCUUGGCUGCCACAGAUCUGCUGGUGAGACAGAAGCAACUCUCAGUGGGCCUCCCCCCGGACAAUGAGACAAUCAUCACCAGCCCUCUGCCCCCUGAUGAGUUGGCAGCCAUCAUCUAUGAAGCCUGUGGUGAGGAUCACAGCACGGCAUCACUUACACAGGAGCUGUUAGUGUACCUGGCCAUGUUCAUUCGUACGGAACCACAACUGUUUGACGAGAUGCUGCGGCUGCGAGUGGGGCUCAUCGUGCAAGUCAUGGCGUCAGAGCUGUCCCGGACUCUGCAGUGUUCUGGUGAGGAAGCAUCAGAUCACCUCCUCAACUUGAGUCCCUUUGAGAUGAAGACGUUGCUGCACCACAUCCUCAGUGGAAAAGAAUUUGUCAUCAGCAGCGAGAAAGCAGACGGAGGGAAACACCAAAAAUUGGGCGAGAAAAUCAUGGACUUGGGCAGGCGCAAGAGUGUGGUGACUGUACCAGUUUCGGUCGCUGCGUCAUCAGAAAAUCAGGUGAGCGCCGACCUGCCCACACUGGGGAUGAGUUCUCAGAUCAUCUCAAAGGAGCAACAAGAGGAGGAGGAGAUCGCUGACCGCCAGGGCCAGUGGCUGCGACGCCGGCGUCUGGACGGGUCACUCAACCGCGUCCCACUCGGGUUUUACCCCAUGUUGUGGGAGCUGCUACACAGAUGCCAUGGCCUGCUGAUUAAGGGGAAUGCACUCCCGGGUACUCUCACUCAAGAGAUGACGAAGGGUGAGUUCAAGUUUGCCCUGCAGGUAGAAAUGGUCCUGAACCGAAUCCCUCAGCCAGAAUACCGUCAGCUGAUGGUGGAGGCCAUGAUGGUGCUUACCAUGCUGCUGGAGAACGACGGUCACCGCCUCAAGCUUAGCCAGAUGGACAUCGAGGUGGACAAGAUUGUGCACGAGGCCAACUCCAUGUUUAUCAGAGAUCUGAAAAUGCCGCCGGACGUGGUGGAGCAGGCAACCGGAGCUGCUGGGAUCUGCCUCUACCUGUACGACAGCGCCCCCAGUGGUCGUUUUGGCUCCAUGGCGUACAUGUGCCGAGCCCUGGCCAACAUCCUCAACAUGCCAGUUAAUGAAGAGAAUGCUUUCGAGUGUACUGUCAGCUGAGCCGCUACACAGUUAUUAACCCACAUUCACCAUUUUGUUUCUUUUUUUUAGCUUGAGAUCAAAUUUUUUUCUAUUGCUGUGGGG